UUUGUUGUGAGCUACAGCGGUGGCUGGUGGCUCCAGGAGACUUCAGGGCUGGAAGGAGCGCUGCGCCGCCAGCCGCUAACGGACCGCGGGGGCAGCCGCUGCUCGCCACUGCCGCUGGCCGCCUCCAGCCUUCGCCGAGAGAAUUCCUGCAUUCUAAAGGAAAAUAAGCUUGGUUGCAGCACAGCUAUACUGUAGACUAAUUCUGAUAGUAUACAUCUUCUUGGGACUUUGUAUGCUGACCCCCUCUGUCCCGUGUGGAAAUUGAAACAACACAAAUAUUUUGACUGAGGCUUUGAUCAAGCAAAUGCUAAAAAGCCACGUAAAGAUCCCUAACAGUCAUUUCUCAACAGUUAUAUAGUCAACUGAUGUAACGAUGGUCCUAAUAUUAGGACGAAGACUAAACAGAGAGGAUCUCGGGGUGCGUGAUUCCCCAGCAACGAAGCGUAAAGUUUUUGAGAUGGACCCUAAAUCUCUGACAGGCCAUGAAUUUUUUGACUUCUCUUCAGGAUCAUCCCAUGCUGAAAACAUACUCCAGAUAUUUAAUGAAUUCCGAGAUAACCGGUUAUUCACAGAUGUCAUCAUUUGUGUGGAAGGGAAAGAAUUUCCUUGCCACAGAGCUGUUCUGUCAGCCUGUAGUAGCUACUUCAGAGCUAUGUUUUGUAAUGACCACAGGGAAAGCCGAGAAAUGUUGGUUGAAAUCAAUGGCAUUUUAGCCGAAGCUAUGGAAUGUUUUUUGCAGUAUGUGUAUACUGGGAAGGUGAAGAUCACUACAGAGAACGUACAGUACAUCUUUGAAACAUCAAGCCUCUUUCAGAUCAGCGUUCUCCGUGAUGCGUGCGCCAAGUUCUUGGAGGAGCAACUUGAUCCUUGUAAUUGCUUAGGAAUUCAGCGCUUUGCCGAUACCCACUCGCUCAAGACACUCUUCACAAAAUGCAAGACUUUCGCGUUACAGACUUUUGAGGAUGUGUCCCAGCACGAAGAGUUUCUUGAGCUUGACAAAGAUGAACUUAUUGAUUAUAUUUGUAGUGAUGAACUUGUUAUUAGUAAAGAGGAGAUGGUUUUUGAAGCUGUCAUGCGUUGGGUCUAUCGUGCUGUCGAUCUGAGAAGACCACUAUUACAUGAGCUUCUGACACAUGUGAGACUCCCUCUGUUGCAUCCCAACUACUUUGUUCAGACAGUUGAGGUGGACCAAUUGAUCCAGAAUUCUCCUGAGUGUUACCAGUUGUUGCACGAAGCAAGGCGGUACCACAUACUUGGGAAUGAAAUGAUGUCCCCAAGGACUAGGCCACGAAGGUCAACCGGCUACUCGGAGGUGAUCGUCGUCGUUGGCGGCUGUGAACGCGUCGGAGGGUUUAACCUUCCGUACACUGAGUGCUACGAUCCUGUGACCGGAGAAUGGAAGUCUUUGGCUAAGCUUCCGGAAUUCACCAAAUCAGAGUAUGCAGUCUGUGCACUAAGGAAUGACAUUCUUGUUUCAGGUGGAAGAAUCAAUGGCCGUGAUGUCUGGAUUUAUAAUUCACAGUUAAAUAUUUGGAUCAGAGUUGCUUCUCUAAACAAAGGCAGAUGGCGUCACAAAAUGGCUGUCCUCCUGGGUAAAGUAUAUGUUGUUGGGGGCUAUGAUGGGCAGAACAGACUUAGCAGCGUAGAAUGUUACGAUUCCUUUUCAAAUCGAUGGACUGAAGUUGCUCCCCUUAAGGAAGCAGUGAGUUCUCCUGCUGUGACCAGCUGUGUAGGCAAACUGUUUGUGAUUGGUGGAGGACCUGAUGAUAAUACUUGUUCUGAUAAGGUUCAAUCUUAUGAUCCAGAAACCAAUUCUUGGCUACUUCGUGCAGCUAUUCCAAUUGCCAAGAGAUGUAUAACAGCUGUAUCCUUAAACAACUUGAUAUAUGUUGCUGGCGGACUGACCAAGGCAAUAUACUGUUACGAUCCAGUUGAAGAUUACUGGAUGCACGUACAGAAUACAUUCAGCCGGCAGGAAAACUGUGGUAUGUCUGUGUGUAACGGUAAAAUAUAUAUCCUGGGUGGAAGACGGGAAAAUGGAGAAGCCACAGACACUAUUCUCUGUUAUGAUCCUGCGACGAGCAUCAUCACAGGGGUAGCUGCAAUGCCCAGGCCCGUGUCCUAUCAUGGCUGUGUGACUAUCCACAGAUACAACGAGAAAUGCUUUAAGCUCUAACACCAGGGUUCUUCACCCAAGAAGCCACACCGAUCCAAGACGAGAGGUUUCAAAAGCUCCAGACUGGGACCUUGGCAUAUCUCCUUUCUGCCAUAUGCACAAAAAGUAAACUUAGUAAUCCUGGUGCCUUUCUCCCCAAAAUAUCAAUCUUUCAAACUGUAGUAAAGCCUUCCCUGCAAUUGGAAAAUAAAAGGGGCUUGGAUUAUUGUUGAAGAUAAUGGUGGUGUUGCUUGGGCUUUGAAAAUGCAUCUUUGUAAAUAUUUGUGAGAAACCUAUGUGGAAUAGGAGAUACUGUCUGUCUGAUUACCUUUUAGGAACUUGUGAAUGGUCUCUUCAUUUAUGUAUGUUUAUCUGAAAGACUGUGUAUUCCUUAUUUUGUCAUAUAGACAGUUAGAAAUUUGCAUGACUUAAGGCUUCAUUUAGGUUGAAUCACGUAAUGCUUAUACCACAUCCUAAGGAGGAAAAAAAUCAAUUUUCAAAAUCUUUGUCACUAAAAAUAUAUUCAAACUGAUUAAUUUUAUUGAAAGGAUUUUUUCUGUAAUUGAUAAAAAUGUGGUGACAGCAAUUUAAGUAAGAUACCAAAUUAUUACUUUAUGCUUAGAAUUGCUAUCUUAUAUUAAGUGUAUUCUUGAGAAGAGAUUGGGUAGAAGAUAGAAAAGCAGAUGCCAUUAAAAUGACAGGUUACUCCAGUAUUUAUUGUAUCCUCUUUAAUGCCUCUUAAGGAGGUUCCUUUUUGUGAACCUGGCAAAGGAGUUGAAAUCCAUUUUGUAAUAUUGUCCUAUGGAAAGCAGGGACAGGUCUUCUCCCGAGCCCAGUAGGGUUUGACCUCAUUAAUAUGGUGCUUUGGGUGAGGACUUCUCUGGUCAUCCUACUUUCAUGUGGCCCGCUAAAGUCCUGGGAAUCUCUACAAUUAAGUUGUCUUUAAAGGAUAAACCAGGGACCACCUAACUGGGCCCAUUUUUUUUUUUAAUUAAUUGUCUGAAUAAACCAAUGGCAGUAAUUGCAGUCUUCUAAUCUCAUUUGGUACCAUUGUGUAAAUUACUGAUCAAAAGUCUCAAGCUUCUAUACAACAAAUAACCUUCGUCUAGAUUUUCCAACUCCAGUUUAUAAAGAUACUAUCUUAACUAGUAUUCAGGGAUGAACUUAAAUUUUCUAAGGCAAAUGGAGCAGCAGGAACUACAGCAUAAGUGACUGUUAUUUCUCGGUGGACCAGUGUAAUUUACAACAUUUUAGGGAUGUUCCAGGUUGAACUUCCCAGGCACUAUUGUCUUCGUACAUUAAAAUUAAUAUGGUCCUUGUCAUAGGAGAUAUGAUGCAAAUAUAUGUUUGGAAUGUCACCACAUUUAAAACCAAGGUAGUAAUAAAAAAAAUUAACAUCGAUAAGCUUAUUUUUAUUAUCCUAGAAUGAUAACAGAGAUUUCAAGUAAACUAUAUGGCAUCAACUUAAAUGCUUAGCUGGAAUCAGAAUUCUGAGGAAAAUUCUAAAAAACUUAUAAAUUUUUAGGGAAAUUUUACUUUUCAAACCAUAAUUUUAGAUGAUCUAUACCUUUUUGUGAUAAUUAUCAGAGCAAUUCAGAAAACAACUUUCUGACAUUUUAAUUGAAAAAUAAUUGUAUGGACUAUUAGAAUACUUGUUUUAAUUUUUGAGUAAAUAUUUACUUUUGCAUUAUAUCCUUUGUGUAGAUAGUGGUAACUAUUUAGUUCAGAAAUUCUUUGCAGUAUAUGAGGUAAUGUAUGAGAAAAGUGUAAAUGCUGAGGAUUAUACAGAUGAUACUUGUUACUUCAUGUUUAUUUCUAAGAUCAUGCCCAUUCAUAAAUACAGACAUUUCACAUAAAAAAUAUUUUCUCAAGGUAACUUGUAUUCUGGUACUUUUAUCUAUUGUAUUUUGUUAUUCAAUUAUUUUAAUAGCCAUAUGUUCAUUGUAGUAAUUUGGAAUGAAAUUCAAUAGAACAGAAUUUGUUUAAACAUGACCUCAUACCAAUAUUAUUUAAUUUUUUUCUAUAUAAUUUGAAACUACAUCAAUUAAGUAUUCAAACCAAGAACUUAGUUAUACUAGGAAAUUAAAGAACUAUUUUUAAAGUUACCCAACUGAUAUUUUAAUUUUCUUUAUUUAUCUUUCUUUACUGAUUCUUGGUAAAUAAUGGUGUUAGCCUUUUAAAAAACAAAAAAAAAUUUUAGAUAUAAUUAGUAUUAAAAACAAAUAUGAUAUAUCUACCAAAUUGAUCAGAUUAUAUUCAUAUUGUCAUCACAUAGUGGACAAAUUUUCUUUUUUGAUAGGUAAUGCUCAUAUAAGCCUUUGGGUUAGUGUGUAUGUAGACUAUACAUGUGUAUGUAUGUAGAGAGUAUGGUCAUGUGCACACAUAUAUACUAGGACAAACACCAAGAGUUGAAUAAGUUUGUAAUGAUCAGGGGAAAAAGCACAUAAAUUAAAAAAUAAUUGACCUUAUUAAAUUCCAUUUCAGAAGAUUUUUUAUUUGGGAAUUUCUAGGUUACUUUUUUACAUUUAAAAGUACAUGGUAAGUAUUAGUAUGCAUACUUGUAUAUAGCCAGAAUCUACAUAAAACAGGGUUUUACAAGGUCAGAAAACAAAUUGGAGGUGGAGAUGCAUUUGCUAAACCCACUCAGUGGGGAAGGAAAUUGAAAGUAAGUUUUGUGGGUCAACAGAAAAGUACAGUUUGUUUUUUCAUGAACUUUAAUCCUUUUCCAUGUGUGAGUGAACAAUAGAGUGGUCUAAUUUUUACCCCAGAAUCCUCCCUUUUCUACUCUAAUCUUCCCACUGACUUGACUGCACAGGUAUGAAUUGGUAGCCUGUUAGAUUUUAAAUAACCUUUUUUCCCCUAGAUGACUAAAAUAUAGAUAUUUACUCCAUUUAAAGAGGUGUUUAAGAGAAAUCAUGUAUAUACUCAGGGAGGGUAUUAAGUUAUCAUUUUGUUUAUUUGGGGGGUUUAAAGUGUCAUAACUAAGUAACCUUCAGUUCAUGGUUCUAGAGUAAAUGUAAUUUGGUAAAGGGCUUCACACAUAGCAGUGGUUGAACAUUCAUUCUUUUGUAUUUAGGAAGAUGAAAAUGUUUUGUGGACUGAUACAUUUUCUCUUAGUGAAUAUGAAUUGUUUAUAUAUCUCUACUGUCAAAACUCUUCUUGAAACUCAGGAAAGACAAAGGUUCAAUUAUACUACUUUUGUCAGUAUGCAAACCAGGUAUAUUGAGUGUGGGUUGUUUUUUUUCCCCAUGUUGUCUGGCUAUGGCAAUAGGUUU